UUAGUAUUAAUUUAUGCUAAUAAAGUUUGAGCAUCGAAUUAUCUUCUCAAUUAAUAUUCCAUAUAUAUAAUUCAAGUAUCCGAGACCCAGAACUCUUCAGGAUGGCCUUCAAGCGGAUGAAACUUAUGGAUCCCAUCGAUGAAAGCAAAUCAAAGGCCCAGCAUGCAGCUGUUGCAGAAGAACUUGGGAGGGAAAUACGCGUGUUUAAAAGCCCAUCGGUUUCCAUAUCACCGGAGUCGUCUGCUUCCAGUAAUGUUUCUGCAGCUGAGGAGACUGAUGAUUUUUAUGAUCUCACACCUGAGGAUUAUUAUCACAUGACCUCAAAUAAAAUAGGAGCUCAAUCUCAAGUUCUUAAAACAAGGAAGAUCCGAGAAGCAGAGGCAGCAGCUCGCAGAGAAAAAUUAACCAAGGCAACAAUUAGAGUCCGUUUUCCUGAUGAUUACAUUCUUGAGAUAGAUUUUCAUUCAUCAGAGAAAAUCCAAAAUCUUGUGGAUUUUCUGACAAAAGUUGUUAAUCGACCAGAUCUUCCAUUCUACUUAUAUACUACUCCUCCCAAGGAACGAUUAAUAAACAUGUCAAAGGAUUUCUAUUCAGCCGGAUUUGUUCCUGGGGGUAUUGUUUACUUUUCCUAUGAUCUGCCAAAAGAGGAUGCUGAUGGUAAUCUAUGUCCCUACCUACGGGAUGCAAUCCUAUCAUUAAACGAGUUGCAUCCAACACCCGACCAAAAUGCCGAUGCCUAUGCCGAUGCCAGUCCUCAACCAGAACCUGCUACGGUCCUCACCCCUGCUCUUCCUGAGCCGAAGCCUGUUAGCAAAAAGAUGACAAAGCCGAAGUGGUUUAAGUUAUAAGUUUGACAAAGGUAAUCUGUGGAAUCCCCAGAUCAUUCACCGGUCAGGCCAAGCUCGGAGGAACUGUUCUGGGGGAAAAAAAAGAACCUGUAUUUCAAUUCACCGCAACUGGUUAUGAGUCAAAUUCCUUAUGUUUUCGUUUGGAUAAACUUUUGGCACUGUUGCUUUAUAAUGAUAAUACUAUUAAUUUGCAAGAAUUUGUGUUUUGUUUUUA